AUGCUGCAAAAUGAAAAAGGGACUUGGGCUUUCAAGACUUUGUUCACUAGUUCCUUCAAACACCAACAAAUAACGGAAGAAGCAAUCUUACAAACAACUACAGAAGUGUGCAGGACUCGGGCAAUUCGACAAGGGAAAGAUUUUGUACCGCCCAGCGUUUUGACAGUUGAGUCAGUGACAAAAGCCUGUUCAUCUCCUGAAUCAGCUAAAGGAUUCAAACAAGCUAUUUCUCAAAUCAACCACGGCAAUGCCUGGGUAGACUUUUGGCAUGUGUUUCAUAGAGAAUACCAUUUUGAUUCUGAACGAUUUUUGGAGGGGCGGGACCUCAUUACAAAAGGAGUUGAAGCUGUUAAAGCUGCCGCCCAACAGAAGAACUACGAAACAGCACGAGAUCGGUUGGGUAAAGCUCUACAUACUCUGCAGGAUUUCUACAGUCACAGCAACUGGGUAGAACUGGGGAACCAAUUUCCGUACUCCAACCUGAUCAGACCUGAUAGCAAGAUCAAAAACAUUGCAGAGCAAGCAACCUGUAGAAGCUGUGAUGGAGGCAACUGUUUAAACAACAUACUGGAGAAUAUUAUAAGUGAGAAAAAACUGACAUCAGGAUACUUUGGAUUGUCCAAACCAUCUGGAAAGUGUAGCCAUGGAAAUUUAGGAGAUGCUUCAAGUUUGCUAAAUCCUAGAGGUGGAAUUAACAAAGAUGAAAAGACAUCCAGCCAUGGUCACCUGCAUGACAAAGCUGCAAAUAUGGCCAUUGCUGCAACCAGAGAACUACUGGAAGACAUCAGGGGUGUGCUUGGAGACUCUGAUUUCCUGAGAUUGAUGGGAUUCUCACAGAAUUCAGUUCUGUGCUUUGUGAUCGACACCACAGGAAGCAUGGGAGAUGACAUUGAGGAAGUACAACGUGUCACAUCUUACAUCAUUGACAGUAAAAAAGGCACAGCAAAUGAGCCCUUGGAAUACAUUCUGGUCCCAUUCAAUGACCCCGACUUUGGCCCGCUCUUUAGAACAACAAAUGCUGACAAAUUCAAACAACAAAUAAAUGCGCUUCGAGCUCGAGGAGGAGGAGACUUACCAGAGCUAUGCCUCUCAGGACUACAGCUGGCUCUCACUGGCUCACCCCCCAAGACAGAGAUUUUUGUGUUCACAGAUGCUAGUGCAAAGGAUAUUGAGUUGCUAAACACUGUAAAAGCAUUGAUUGAGAAAACAAAGUCUGUUGUGACUUUCAUGCUGACUAAUGCUUUUGGAACUCGUCGGAAACGGAGUGAUGAACCCAACCAAGGGCAACGUGUCUCCAACAGAAUGUCUAAUCCUGUCAAUGAGAUUUAUGUGGAUUUGGCUCUUGCUUCAGGAGGGCAAGCGAUAGAAGUCACCAAAGAGACACUUCCUCAAGCCACCAGCAUUAUAGUGGACACCUCCGCAACCACCCUGGUAACUGUUUUCCAGGCUGUAAGGAACCCAGGAAAAGUGGAAAAGUUCUCUUUCAUUGUAGACACUUCAUUAAAAAACCUGACAAUCUAUAUUACAGGCAAUUCUCCAGUAUUUAACAUCACAAGCCCGUCAGGCAAUUCUCAGUCCAGUAAUGAAUUAAGUGGACAAUUGGGGCUGGUUGAGCGUGUGGGUAACUUUUACACAGUGCGGCUGACUGUUAUUGACUUAGUAGGCAUUUGGAACAUAAACAUUAGCUCAUUACAGUCCUACUCCAUCAAAGUCAUUGGCCAAAGUGACAUUGACUUCCUUUUCACAUUUAUUGAACUUUCGGAGAGUGCUCAUUCAGGCUACAGUGAAUUAAGUGGCAGACCCACAGCAAACAGUAAUGUCACACUGUUUCUCACUAUGGUGGGUGGGGAUACUGUCAUCCCAACACAGGUAGCUCUUCUGUAUGCAUUUGGAUCUCAGACAAUUAAUGGAACCCUAGAACACGUUACAGGUGGGGAUUAUUUAGUCACAAUGACUAAUGUCCCGACUGGAGAAUUUGUUGUUCGUGUGAUGGGAGAAAAAAGCUCCCUGCGUUCAUCUAACAACAUUUUUCAGAGACAAUCUGUCACUCAGUUCAGAGCAUCCAGUGUGGUUAUUACUGCUCAGAUAGAUAAUGAGUGGGAACCUGGAAAGACACUGAGCAUCCCUUUCACAGUAAGUCACGAUGGCUCUAAUGAACUCCUUAACAUUAUUGCCAGGAAUGAUCGUGAGUUUGUCACAGAGUUUCCCAGCACUAUGCGCAUUGAAAGUGGGAGUAGUGGCAAUGGUACAGUCAAUAUUACUGCACCCACAGCCACUCUUUCAGGCACUGAGGUGACUCUCACCAUAGAGGCUACAACACCAGAUGGAGGCGAUUUUAACUAUGCUGUGCUUAGGCUUACAGUUGUUGCCCCGAUUACAGACUUCACUCCUCCAGUGUGUGAGAUUGUUAGCAUAAAUGCUAACUGCACAAGCAACUGUAGCUUAUCCUCGUGGGAGCUUACAGCCAACAUUACGGAUGGAAAUGGUACAGGAAUUAUGAGUUUGACAGUCCGGCAGGGUCUUGGAAACCUCAACACUAGCACCAUGCUCGGGGACGGAGGUGUAAAUGUGACUCUGGCUCACUACAGAGCUUCCUGCUGCUCACAAGAAAUGGAACUGGUUGCUGUAGAUGGAGCUGGUAAUGUUGGCACAUGCUCAAAAUCAAUAAGUUCCUGUUCUGCAGCAGGAAGUCAUACGGGUGUGGAAUGA